AUGUGUGGUAUUUUGGGAAUUUGUCUUGCCGAUCAAGACAAAAAUGUGGCAUCCGAGCUGUUUGAUGGCUGUCUUUUUUUGCAGCACAGAGGCCAGGAUGCUGCCGGUAUAGUCACCUGUGGACAGAGGGGUCGUUUCUAUCAAUGUAAGGGUAACGGUAUGGCUCGUGAUGUUUUCACUCAGUCCAGAAUGACAGGCUUGGUUGGAAGCAUGGGAAUUGCUCAUUUGAGAUAUCCUACCGCAGGAUCUUCGGCCAUGAGUGAGGCCCAGCCAUUCUAUGCCAACUCUCCCUUUGGUAUUGCUCUCAGUCAUAACGGUAACCUCGUGAACACCGCUGAAUUGAAAAAGUACCUAGAUGAAGUUGUUCACAGACAUAUCAACACGGAUUCGGACUCGGAAUUACUAUUGAAUAUUUUUGCGGCAGAACUGGCCAAAUACGACAAGUCGAGAGUCAAUAACAACGAUAUUUUCAGCGCAUUGGAGGGCGUUUUCAAGAUGUGCAGAGGAGCCUAUGCGUGCGUGGCUAUGCUUGCUGGAUACGGUGUUAUUGGUUUCAGAGACCCUCAUGGAAUCAGACCUUUGCUGAUCGGUGAAAGAGUGAAAGAGGAUGGCCAAAGAGAUUACAUGUUGGCCUCCGAAUCGGUUGUUCUCAGAGCCCACGGUUUCACCAACUACAGAGAUAUUCUUCCUGGUGAGGCUGUGAUAAUACCAAAAAGUUCCCACUCUCCCGAAUUCAGAAGAGUCGCACCUAUGGCAACUUAUACUCCUGACAUCUUCGAGUAUGUGUAUUUUGCCAGACCAGACUCCGUCAUGGACGGAAUCAGUGUGUAUAGAUCUCGUAUUGAGAUGGGUCGCAAGUUGGCUGACAACAUCACGAAAAGGUUUGAGGCUAAGUCAUUAAAGGUUCAGGACGAAAUAGAUGUGAUUAUUCCAGUCCCAGACACCUCCAGACAUUCGGCCCUGGAGUGUGCAGUGAAGUUGAAUCUUCCAUACAGAGAAGGAUUUGUCAAAAACAGAUAUGUUGGAAGAACUUUCAUUAUGCCAGAUCAGGAGCAGAGAACUUCCUCUGUUCGCCGCAAGCUAAAUGCCAUGGCUUCAGAAUUCUACGGAAGAUCUGUUCUGAUCGUUGAUGAUUCCAUCGUAAGAGGAACCACCUCCAUGGAGAUCGUGAACAUGGCUAGAGAGGCAGGAGCCAGAAAGGUUUAUUUUGCAUCCUGUUCUCCUGUCAUUAGAUAUAACCAUAUUUACGGUAUCGAUUUGGCAGACACCAAGGCCCUCGUUGGUUUCAACAAAACCGAGCACGAGGUUGCCGAUGCUAUUGGAGCAGAUGAAGUUUUCUACCAGCAGUUGGACGAUCUCGUUGCCUGUUGUCAGAGAGAGCCUGAGAUCCCUGCCCAAGAGCUGGCGUUGACUCCUGUCGUUUCUAGAACUGACGAAUACAACCCUAUUUCUCUCAAGGGUGAGGUUCCACCAAUCGACGGCUUUGAGGUUGGAGUCUUCACGGGUGACUACAUCACGGGUGUGGAGGACAACUAUAUUCAGGAAUUGGAGCAAAUCAGAGCGCAGAAUCAACGUAUCAGAGAAGCUGGUCUUAACGGUGGUAUGGUUGACGCCAAGGCUGAAAGUGAAAUCUCAAUGUUUAACAGCGGGGACUACAGCUGA